CGUCAUCAACGCAGCCACAAGAGGGGUGCCUAUGCCUGUGUUGCUCCUGGAUGUAAAUGCACUUUCCUCAACCCUGCUCUGCUUGAGCGGCACAAACGUCACGAGUCUUGCUUUGCCUUCGAGCUUCCAGAGAUAUAUCUCUUCCGCUGUCCGUCUCGUCCCGAGCUUUCUCGCUCAGCUUCGGCUACGCCAGUCACCCCGUCUGAUGAUGGCAAUGUGUCAAACAGUCCAACUGCUGCGCACGUAGACUUUGCUUCAAGUCCAGAAGAUACCUUCAGCCCCACAAGCCUCUCUCCACCAUCUCAAUAUCUUCAGGUACCCGGUCGGAAUGAUUUCAUCAACAGACACGGUGGAGGACACUCACAUCGACCGAUGGCCAGGUCAGGGACUAGCUCCCCAGCCAUCAUGCAGAGCACGCACAAUGAUUCGACGCCGAGCUUUCUAUCUGGUUUCUCAAACCCAGCCUUGGAGUGCCCUAGCCACUAUACCUUUCACGACUACGUAGCUGCUAUUGGCUCUGCGACAGAACUGGACCCCUGGGCUGAGAACAGUCACACAACUCAAGAACAUCAACCUAUGCUGCACCACGCUGUCUCACUAGACGACAUCAAUUCGAUAUCGAACAUCCCCCAGACUCAACUGUUUCCUCCGUUCUCUAGCCAGCAUGUAGAGCCUCGCUAUAGUGGUCCUAUGCCUUCUGAGAUCGAUGCACACACAUACUUUCAUGCUUCACCUUCGAUGGCUACCGAGCAUAAUCAUAACGCUCUGUGGUCAUACGGGGUGCUGGAUCAGUCAUUGCAAGGCUAUAGUUCAGCCCCCGAAGGUGUAAGACAACCAACGAUGAUGCCUCUGGACCAAGACCAGCUACAGACGUCGUCCGCAGGAUACCCAUCUUCCCCAGAAGCCGCACAUUCACAGCCUCCAUACUUGGUGACGAGGAACAAUGCUUCUCGAAGUCAUUCGACCGGCAACAUAAAUUUACAGCACUUCUCUAGUUGGUCAGACGAACAGAGA